UUGGAAACACAAAUAUAGAUGGUAAGUUAUGCAGAGGGUAAUGAUUUUGAAUGAUUUUAUUAACCCUGAAGUAUUAAUUUGAAAGUUUUUAUAUAUGUAAAUAUAUAGAUUAACUUUUUUUAAACUUAAAUCUUAGAGAAAGAAAUCUGAAAAUUAAGAAUGUUGAAUCAAUCAAUGGAUGAAUAUCUUAAUGGUAAAGUGAUAAAAUAAGAAUUCAAAGAGUUUGAGAAUGGUAAAUUCUUAAAUCCUAAAAAAUUAGAAAAAGGAAUAUUCCAAUUUUGAA